GAUGGUGGCGCAGGAGCGGCUGCGUGUGGUGCGCUGCGGGGGCAGUUCGCUCAGCCAGAGCCGCGCCGUUUUCUCGGCCGACGCCAAAUACCUUUUGUGUGCUUCAGGUGACUACGUGAAGGUCUACAGUACAGCUACAGAGGAGUGUCUGCAUGUCCUACAGGGUCACAGCAACCUUGUGACUGGAGUCCAGUUGAAUCCCCAAAAUCAUCUCCAGCUCUAUUCUUGGUCUCUAGAUGGCGCCAUUAAACUCUGGGAUUUUUUGGAUGGAAUUCUCAUCAAGACAUUUGUGGUUGGGCCCAAACUCUUUGCGUUCUAUGCAGUUGCAAGUUUUGAGGGUUCAGCGUUCGUUAUCAUUCCGAAGGAUAAUGAUGAAAGAUUGGGGUCAUACCAGUUAGUUUCAGUGAAACUGCCGAAGACCCCUGGUCAGGAAGUGGACGCCAGCGAGUGGGAAUUGGUUUUGGAGGGCAUCAGCGAGUCACCCAAGUGUACUGCAUUCGGAAGAGAAGGUGAAUACGUGGCAUCUGUGUGGGGCCUUCACCUCUUCGUUUAUUUUUUCAAGAAGAAAAAGAUCCAUAGCUUUCCUUUGAGUGCAAAAUGCAGCAAAGGGGCCAACAACUUCUUCACCUGCGUGGCCUGCCACCCGAAGGAAGACUGCAUCGCCAGCGGCCACAAAGAUGGCAAGAUUCGUCUGUGGAGAAACUUCCAUCAUAAGAGAGAGUACACAUUCUCCACACUGCAUUGGCACCACGACGAAGUGAUGGAUCUUGCUUUCUCUGUAGAAGGAACUACCUUACUGAGUGGCGGGAUUGAAUCAGUACUGGUCCAGUGGCGAGAAGGAUCAAAUGCUAAGGAGUUUUUGCCUCGUUUGGGAUCCACAAUCCAGAACAUUUCUGCGUCACCUGAUGGAACUUUCUUUUCUACCUCACAUUCGGAUAACAAAAUAACCAUCAUACACAGCAACUUGAAAGUCUCUGCAAUGAUUCAAGGAUUAAUCAAAGGCAGUGAUGUCAAGACUGGCUUGACGGUGGACCCAAGAACAAAAGCUUUGGUUUUGAAUGGCAAACCGGGUCACCUGCAGUUCUACUCACUGCAACACGACAAGCAGCUGUACAAUUUGGAUAUCGUGCAACAGGAAUAUAUUCAUCAAUAUGGUCUGAACCAGGUUGAGUUGGUGAAGGCGGCGUUUGAUUCCAGGGGCAGCUGGCUGGCUACUGUGGAGCAACGUGAAGAAAAGGGUGGUGAGCUUGAAAUGCAGAUGAAGCUCUGGGCCUACGAUGAGCAAAAACAAAGCUUUGCUCUGAAUACCCGAAUAAAUAUGCCGCAUGAGGAUCAGGUCACGGCUUUAUGUUUCCGUGGCACUGAAGAUCCCAACAGCACCCCCUUAACCAUGGUGACAGCUGGCAAAGAUGGACAGUUUAAAGUCUGGAUGCUGCUGUCUCAGAACGACGAGGAAAACCGAAGGGCAGGCUGGACCUGUGAUUUUGUAGGAAGCUACCACAACUAUCAGGCAACCAACUGCUGUUUCUCCGAAGAUGGUUCUUUGCUUGCCGUUGGCUUUGAAGAAGUAGUCACCGUGUGGGACUCGGAGACAUGGGACCUAAAAUGCACUUUCUGCCACCCUCCUGGAACGAUACAAAACCUGUGUUUUGGGAGGCUUAGUUGUUCCAAAUACCUUCUUGGCACUACCAGUAAUGGAUUUUUGUGCUGCUGGAACUUGUUGAGCUGUACAUUGGAGUGGAGUGCCCAAGUCAAUGUCCUGGUUCUGCAACCUGACUGUCUGUCUGAAAACGUCGCUGCCAUUUCAUACCUCUCGGACUACUCGGACCUGUUUGUGUUUAAACCCAGCGAGCCGCGGCCUGUUUGUAUCCAGAAGCAGCUCUGCAGAGGCAAAGUUCGGUGGGCUGUCUUUGUGCCAAGAGAGGUGCCUGACAGCAUCGCCUCAGAAAAAUACCAGUGGCUUAACCAGUCGCAGUUCUACUUCCUGACUGAAACACAUGAACUGAUGACAUUUAGCACGAAGACUCCAGAAGAGAGGCUGACACCUUCCAGCAGACAGUUGGCUGUGGAGGAGAACCUCAUGACCCCGUUUUACCUGCUACUGGGGAAGCACCAGCAACAGACAAGAGAGGCUGCAGAAGUUGGGAAGGCGCCUGCCCAAAAGGCCUUGGCACAAGAGUCACCUGCCAUCAAAGAACUUCUUCACACUCCAGCCCAUGUCUUGCCGUCUGCUUCUUUCCUGUGUCCUAUUUUUAUUAACUCGCUGCUGGUAUCCAAAACAAAUAAAAGUGCUGAUGAAUUUGCUGAUGAAAUGGAAAUGGAAACUGACAGCAGAGACAGCGAAUCUGAAGAGGAGGGAGCAGUUAGUGAAAUUCCCAGCCAGGCGCCACAGGCAACAGAGUGUCUGGGUGACGUUGCACCAAAAUUGUCAAAAGCUCAGGAAAAAGAGCUACGUAAAUUAAGAAAACUCGACUACAGUUGGGUAUCAGCCCUCUAGGCAGACAAUGUUUCUACGCACUUGAGAUUUUUGUAUUUGUUACCAAGAAUUUAA